ACCGAGAAAAGACGGCGGCGGCGAAGGCGAACCGCUCUUUCCGCGUCUGUUUGCCAGAAUCGCGUUCCGGACGUUUGCUUUGCCUCUUCUUUGCCUCCGCGCCUGCUCUGAAAGACAGGCUCUGUCGUCGAACUCGCUGCCUUUCCUUCUGGCUCUUUUUGCGUUUCUCCUCUUCUAUUUCGUCUCCGCUGUGCCCCUGUGUUUCUGCGUCUCCGUCCUGUCUCUUGCGCUCCGCCGUCCUUCCCCCGGUGCACCCGCGGAGAAAGAGUACUUUUGCCCUGCGCGUCGAGGAGCGAGGAGUUUGUUUUCUUCCGCUGCUCACAGAAAAUGCCUUCCGCUUGAAGAAGGAACCUCCUCUCGUCUGGAGACUGGCUUUCGGCUCAAAUCUGCAGACGCGCUCUCCCUCCUACUCUGUCUUCGGAAGCUGCGGUCUCGCCUCGCUCUCUCGCCUCGCUCUCUCGCCUCGCUCGCUCACCUCGCUCGCUCACCUCGCUGUCUCGCCUCGCUCUCUCUCUCUCCCAGCCAGUUCCUUUCUCUUCUUUUUUUCUUUCUCUCUUUCCUCCGGUCCUUCUCGUUCUCUUCCUUUUCCUCCCUGUUCCUCUCCGUCGGUUCUUUCUGUGUUCGCCGCCCCCUCCUGCCUGUCUCCCUGUCUGAGUUAAAGCGUUGUCUUCCACACUGCCUCUCUCGCUGUCUCGGUCUGCUCGACUCCCCUCCCAGCGGGAAAGCGAUGCGUCUUGGUCUCCUCGGAGAAUUUGCUUUGCUUCCGCUGCAUGCGUCUCGCGCACAGCGUCUCUCCUCGCGGGAGGUCUCCACGGACGGCGGUGAUUCUCAGAGCCAGAGCCUCGGUCUUCGCGCCGUCUAACUUCGCUCUCCUCGAUCCGCCCAGACUGAGUCGUAGACGUCUGAGGCUUUUCUCCCUUCUGCGAGCCUGCGGGGAGCACGAACUUCUUUCACAAGACCAGUGUCUCAAGCGAAAGAGUUCCUUGUUUUUCUCGCCUUGCUCCUCGUUGUCGCUGCUUCUUGCUCUCGGUCUGGUCUCGUCCCCUCGCUUCUCGUGCGGCAUUGUGUUUCUUCUUCUCGAGCUGGCUGGAGAGAGAGACCUCGAGCUGCGCCUGCCUGUCUUUUCCGCCUCGAGUUCGGAGUUCAGCCUGUCUGCCUCUCUGUUCUUCGCUGCACCUCGCCUGCCCGUUGGCAGUUGCGCGUCUGCUCCGUCCUGCUUCUCGAACGUUCUCUCCCGAACCGCAGAAGUCCUUCGUUCUCGAGUUCGGCACAAUGCUGGAGAAGACAGUUGCGUCCAUUCAUCCUCUCUCUGCUUCUUCUGCCUCUCACACCUCCUCAGAGUCCUCCACGACGCGUCGUCCGUCUCCUCCUGCUCCUCUCUCUUCUCCCGGCACUGAUUCGCGAAAGCCUUCUCCGUCUUCUUCUCUCUCUUCUUCUUCUCUCUCUUUUUCUUCUUCUCUCUCUUCUUCUUCUUCUUCUCUCUCUUCUUUUUCUCUCUCUUCUUCUUCUCUCUCUUCUUCUUCUCUCUCUUCUUCUUCUCUCUCUUCUUCUUCUCUCUCUUCUUCUUCUUCUCUCUCUUUUUCUUCUUCUUCCUCUCUCUCUUCUUCUUCUUCUCUCUCUUCUUCUUCUCUCUCUUCUUCUUCUCUCUCUUCUUCUUCUCUCUCUUCUUUUUCUUCUUCUCUCUCUUCUUCUUCUUCUCUCUCUUCUUCUUCUUCUUCUUCUUCUUCUUCUUCUCUCUCUUCUUCUUCUUCUUCUCUCUCUUCUUCUUCUUCUCUCUCUUCUUCUCUCUCUUCUUCUUCUUCCUGUCUCUCUUCUUCUUCUCUCUCUUCUUCUUCUUCUCUCUCUUCUUCUGGCCAGGGAGCCGGGGAGGUGUCUCGCAGUUCGCUAUGGCUGCGUGCGAUGGGCGACGCGCCGGUCAUCACGCAGACGCGUCCGUACGCGUUUGGAGUGACGAAUCCGGUGAACGUCAAGCUUCCGCAGGAGGGGGACCUCCACCGGAGCAACGAGUUGAUCAGUGUGUUGCGAGCGCUGAAUCUGUACGAGACGGCGGCGGGGAAUCUGCAGCGCGAGCGCGUCUUGAACGAGUUGAACCGUAUCGUCGUCGACUGGGUCGUCGAAGUCGGCAUGGAGCAAGGCCUGGACGAACAGGAAGCGCGACAGGCUGGGGGAAAGAUCUUCACCUUCGGCAGCUACCGCCUGGGCGUAGUCACUCCCGGCAGCGACAUCGAUACGUUGUGUGUGACGCCGCGACAUGUCUCUCGAGACGCGUUCUUCAAGAUUCUCUACGCGAAGCUCCAGCAAGACGCGCGCGUCUCGAAGCUCACACCCGUUCCAGACGCAUACACGCCGGUGCUCAAGUUCAGCUUUGACGGAGUGGAGAUCGACCUCCUCUUUGCGCGGCUGCCGCUGCCUGUGAUCCCCAGCUCCUGGAACUCGCUCGAGAACGACCUGGUCCUACGGCACGUCGACGAGAAGACUGCGCGAAGUGUGAAUGGGUCGCGCGUCGCCGACCUCAUUCUGAAGCUCGUUCCGAAUAAAGAAACGUUCAAAGUCACUCUGCGCUUCGUCAAGCACUGGGCGAAGGCUCGCGGCAUCUACAGCAAUGUACUUGGCUACCUCGGCGGCGUCAGCUGGGCGAUCCUCGUCGCGAGAUGUUGCCAGCUGUACCCAAACUUCGCGCCCAGCCAACUGGUUCACAGAUUCUUCACCGUGUACAGCAUCUGGAACUGGCGCAACAGUCCCGUCCUCCUCUGCAGAAUCAAGGAACACUCUGCCGAUGGUCUCGCCAACUUCAAAGUCUGGAAUCCCAAAGUCAAUCUGCAGGAUCGACACCAUUUGCUUCCUAUCAUCACCCCAGCCUUUCCGUCGAUGAACAGUACGCACAAUGUGAGCUUGUCGACGAAGCGCGUGAUCACUGAGGAGUUUGCAAACGCGAAGCGGAUUUUCGAUAUCUGGGAUAAGAAGAAGGAAAUUUCGUGGACCGAGGCGCUGCAUUUGGUCUUGAAGCCUCUCGACUUCACCUCCUUCAAACAUUUCCUCGAACUGCAAGUCUUCGCACAAAAUGAAACGGUCCACCGCAAAUGGCUAGGCUGGGUCGAGUCGAAGGUUCGCUUCUUGGUGCGACAGCUGGAACGCCUCGCCGCAGGUCCUCCUUUCAAUCAGGGCGGGAGCACACCCAAGUUCGAAGCUGCGAUGACUGUGCGGCCGAUUCCCUGCACCUUCUCCUUCCAGGAACCUGGUUGGGAGUGCGCUUCGUCGAUGCUCGUUGCCCUCAACUUUGCUCAGCAGCCGUGCGUCAUCGACCUGCGGCCGGCAGCUGGGGAGUUCGUCGACCUGAUCAACCAAUGGCCAGAACGCGCCCAGCUCGACGGCCAGAUUCAGCUGCGCGUCAAGCACCUCAGGCGCUCGCAGUUGCCUGCCUACGUCCUCAAACAGAAACCAGCUGCCAGUCCCAUCGCCCCUCUUGCUUCUUCUUCUUUGUCAUCUUCUUCGUCGUCUUCUUCGUCGUCGUCUUCUUCGUUGUCUUCUUCGUCGUCGUCUUCUUCGUUGUCUUCUUCUUCGUUGUCUUCUUCUGAGGCGUUGUCUGUGGGGGUGACAGCUGCUGAGGGCCAAGAGAAGCGAGAGAGAGCGAAGGAAGUUCUCGGAGGCGACGUUGGAGACUCUCAGCUCAAGCGUCGCCGCAUUCAGGAGGGGGAGACGACUACUUGAAAGCCGAGGGCCAGCGCGGGCGGUGCCUGGUGCCUUGUCUUGUGUUCUCGUGAGCAAGAGCGAGAAGAGUCACUCUGUGCGCUUCUUUCUUUGCCUUCGACUCUCGAGGCGGACUUGCCCAGUUGUCUUUGCGCGAGCUGCACCAGCGGCCAGCAAGCCUGCUGCAUGAAUGCAUCGAUUUUAACGCGUUCUCAAGCGUCGCCUUCGAGGAUUGGAGCCUGGAGCAAAAACUCCUUUUCUUCGUUUUCUGUACCGAGCAGGCGUCCUCGAGUGAGCUAUCGGCCAAAGAGAAGCGCGAGUGAAGCGCAGAGGUGCAUGCAGUUUUUCUGUUCCAAGUUUGGGACUUUCGCAUGCAUUACGCCUGUCAGAGACAACUGCAGUCUGCACUCCCUGCUCCACAGGCUACAGCUGGAUUCAGCGUUCGUGUAAACGAGCUUUGUCUGACUUGUGUUCACCUAUCGGCACCCGCCGAUGCGUUUGGGAUUUCCACGCGAGGUAAACUCUGUUGACUCUUCACAGGCGAUGGCGAACGCCCUGUGGCGUCGCGGCGCCCGCAGCGGCGCCUUCAGUCUUUUUUCGCUGACGAACUUGCAUGCGCGCAUGCAGUCGUAUGGACGAACAUGUCUUUCGAGCACGAUGGAUGCCAGGAUCUUUGGGAGUUGCCCUUUUUCUUUUUUCUUUUCGAUUUUUCUCCACGCCAUCGGUACUUUUUUGUCUCGGCGCACAGCGUCUCGAGCAGUUCGCAAAGCUGACGAAAAUCCAUUCCACGACUCGGUUUUAAGCCUCUUGUCGCUCG